GUCACCCUCGCAUCAUUCACCGAGACAUAAAGGGUGCAAACAUUCUAAUUGAAAACAACUUUGAUGCCAAAGUGGCAGAUUUUGGAUUGGCAAAGUUUAAUCAAGACACUAACACAUGUUUCUACUUGUGUGAUGGGAACAUUUGGGUAUUUGGCUCCUGAGUAUGCAUCAAGUGGCAAAUUAACUGUGAAAUCUGAUGUUUUCUCAUUUGGUAUCAUGCUAUUGGAGCUCAUUACAGGACGACGGCCGGUAGACAACACUGGUGAUUAUGAAGAGGAUAGUUUGGUUGAUUGGGUAAAUUACUUCAAAGUUCUGAGCUCAUUUGCCAUUCUUGUGUGGAGUCUUUAG